CGGACUUUUGGGCGGACGACGAGGUACCGCAGCCCGCUAGUUUGAGAGGAGGAGGAGGAGGAGGAGAGGUCGUCGCGGUGCUAAGUGGACAUCAGCGCGCCCUGUUGUUGUUGUCGUCGUCGUCGUCAGCCAGCCGCCCUCCUCCGACAUCUCGUCCCUCCAGCUUGUUGCACUUGACGGUCUUCAUGGGGGGGAAGCAUCAGAGACGAGCGUGGCGGUGCAUGAGGGGAAAGGAAGACGUGUGCGAGCAGGAAAAGAAGAAGCGUGUUGCCUCCUCACGCUCACGCUCACACUCACGCUCACGUUGUGGGAUUUCUUUGCAUGUGCGCCGUGUAGUAGCUGUCAGCCGUGCGCAUGCGCAGUGGCGGCUGGCGGCAAUAAAAACAACACGCAAGCACGACCCUCCAUCCUUUUAUUUUUACAUUUUCAUUUUGAAUAUUAGGGAAGCAGACAUCAAUGACGUGUAACUAUGACGUAGCCAGUAAAUAUAAAGAUAACCUGAAGAAAUGUCUGCCCUUGCCCGUCAACGUUACUGAGCAAAUACUUUUAAUUUGGGCACAACAUCUUUGGUGAUUCACGAAAACGACGUUCCACGUGACGGCCCCAUCUUUGUGCAGAAGGCCACAUCAACGCCAAAGAUGCCUGCUAGCUACCUUCUGGCAAAGGAGGAGAAGUACAGGCUGCUAAAUGCAAAGCUGGAGGCUAAAACAGCAACUCUGGCAAUGCGAGAAGAUCAACUCAAGAAAGAACGUGAAGAAUUUUUAUCAAAAACCUCAGUCACGCCCCCACUUAAGGAUUUGGAGGAUGAACCAGCCGCAAGCAAAACCAAGGAUCGACUCACACCUGUGCAGAGGCCUCGUGAGAAGGCGGAGGCCAAAAAAGGGGUGAGGCCAGCAUCACAAGGAAGAACAGCAGUUUUUGGAGACGGUUCAGGAGCUGCAGCAGAUCCUGUGGAGUCCUUCCUGGCAAAGACCAUACAAAACAUGGAAGACAAGAUGAAUCGUGACAAUGAUGUGUUCAAUGAUGGCGACAACGAAGGCAAGGGUGUUUCAUCUGCACAAAUACAUGCUCUGAUGGCCAACAUAAAAAUUAUGCAAGGGGAAAUGGAUCAGCUUAUGACUGAAAGACAAAAUAAGGAAGAUGAAAAUGUCAAGCUGAAUACAAAAGUCAGGCAGCUGGAGGAGGAUCGGGUCAAGCUGCAGAGGAGCGUCAACAUCCAGCAGACAAAGAUUGACAAGCUGAAAGCGUCAGAGAACGAGGCCGUCAUCAAAUGUGACAGCCUUCAGCUGCAAGUGUCUGCUUUGCAAAAGGAAAUUGAGAAGUUGAAUAAAUCCACCAAACAAGGUGCAACCGUCCACAACACUGUGGAGCUUCGUCUCAGCAGAGCACUGGAGGAGGUGGAGCGCUUAAAGGCAGAGCUCAACAAAACUAAACAGAUGAACAAGGACAAGACAAACGAGGAGCAUCAGAACCGUGAAAAUCUACUAGCAGAAAACAAACUGCUAAAAAGGCAGAAAACAGAGCUCAUCAUCGGAUUAAAGAAACAAUUCAAGCUGAUUGAUGUUCUCAAAAGACAAAAGAUGCAUCUGGAAGCUGCCAAGCUGCUGUCCUUCACAGAGGAGGAGUUCAUGAAAGCCUUGGAUUGGGGAAAGACCUAAAUACUUGUGGACUGUUUCCAUUUUGGUGUAAUACGCUGGCCUCAUAAUAAAGGAGUGUGUGACACUGCAAUAGUCUUAUAUGUUUUAGUUGGCAGCAUCUCUAAACCGCCAUCUUUUUCAGCCUUCUAGACUGCCCAACACAUUUUACAUAUUUACUUAUUUCUUUUGUCUAUUUUAGUAAAAACAGAAUGAAAACAAUUUGAUAAUAACUUUAAUAAUAACUAUUCGUAUAAGAUAUUUUGGUCCCCCACAUAAAAAAUGUUGUUUUAAAGAUUCUGCAACAUUCCGAGGAUACUGGAAUUAAGAAUUGCUAGUUGAAUAAUGCUUGUUUUAAAGCUAAAAUACUUAUUUCUAUCUGAAAAGUCUUGCUAAUUUCUAUACAAAUAUUAAUUUAGAAUGUCUUAUCAAGUGAAAUUAUCUGUCCAUGCAGCUAGUUAAUUUCACAAGGUUUUAGUAUUUUUUUCCCCUAAAAUGUAGUCUUUUUAAUGUUGUAUUUUUAAAGCUCUUUUUUGCAGUAUGUCCUGAUCAAUAAAUCUCAUCAUUACAAAAUGUUUUUUGACUGGCACUAGAUUAUUUUUAACAAUAUUUUUAUUACUGUGGCUGUAUAGAUUGCAAUUGCACGACAAUUCUAGCUUUCCUGUAGGAUGGCAUCAGGUAAUACAUGUGUACCCUGAGUUGGUCAUGAAAGGAUUGCCAUCAUUCAGCCAUAAGAAGU